UUUCUUUCUCUGUCUCCUACCAGCUGCCCAUCCUUCCAGAAUCACGUGUCCCCAUGUGGGCGGGGCUUCUUCUCCGGGAUUCAUUCAUAAAUCCUGAGGCUGGUAACUGAGCCGCAGCACGAAAGCAGGACCCGGCGGUGAGAAUCGGGCAGCAGACCACGCCAGGUGGGAGCAGCAGGAUCUGUAGAAGGUCCGGAAGGGUAGAGGUGUCAGAUCAUGAGCAAUGAGUCACCUGCAUGGGAGAAUAUAACUGACAGCUCCACGGCUGCACCGGGUGCAUCUACGCAGGAUGGGUACGUCUUGAUCUUAGUUCUGCUUUCCAUCUUCAUUGGUGGAACCCUGCUUCUUCUCACUGGGAUCCUGAUCCUGUGCAGACACUGUUGUGAUUCCCGCCUGAGAUUCUCUAGACCCAGUGAUGACGCAGAGAAAACAAACACUUCCUACGUGGAUGAAACACAACCUGCCCACGACAUUACUAUACGGAUAGAAGAUACAGAAUCUCUGUCAGCUUCAGGUCUCCGGGACAUAGAGUCGGAGAGAUUUCUCUGCACUGCAUCCAGUGGUCGACGAGUCUCAUUUAAUGAGGGAGCCUUAUGUGGGCAAGAAAAGAGAGAGCGUGAAAGAGGAAGAAGGUACACUUUGACAGAGGGAGAUUUUCACUAUUUAAAGAAUGCACGACUGACGCUCCCCCCUCUUCCAUCCUUACCUCCAACUGCCCUACAUAUUCUUACCAUCCAUGAAAGUGAAGGUGGGGAGAGUAGCAGCAGCGGAGGAGCAUCAGAGACACAUCCCACCUCUCCCAGCAAAUCCAACAUAUCUAUAUAUCAGCCCCCACGAAGUCCUCCUGCACCACUCACACGACUGUCUCUCAGUUCAACUUCUGCUCUUCCAGGAGAUGUGUACAACUCUGUUGCAGAUACUAGUUUUAUGGAAAUACAAAAGCAUAGUCCUCCCACCCCCAGGCAUAGUUCUGCCAACAACAGGUUUGACCACAGCGGCAAUCUCCCUCAGGGUGGCACCAAUUCUGACGUGGGUACCAACCGAAGUCAUGGUGCUGUGCUUCACUUCUUCAGCCGUCUGCGGCGUCAUGCAAGCUUAGAAGGAGCAAGCCCCUACCUAAAAAUCAAGAAAUGGAAACUGGGCACUGUGCAGCGAGCAAGCAGCUUAGACACCAGAGGUUCUCCAAAGCGUCAUCAAUUCCAGCGACAGAGAGCAGCUAGUGAAAGUGCAGAACGCGAUGAUAUCAUACAGUACAUUGUCCACACACAAGAUACUGCUUUUGCUGAUAAUCAAGGAUCUUUCAUUCAACACCAUGGAACACCACCACACUCUCUCGGCAGACUAGACCAUGGGGAAGAUGGAUCGCUGGCUGAUGUAGGAAGUACAGAACAAGGUCAGCUCCCACCCCAAUGUGACAUUUGGAGCCUACGUGCAUCACUGGAGCGCUGUGCCUCUGAUCAAAGCAGUAGCAACAAUGAUCGUGACUCUGUUCGCAGCGAUGCAGAAAGUGUGAGCUCCUUAAGUGGUCUCCCCAGCCUUCCAUCUCAAGAUCUGCCUGAUGGAAAAUCAGUGAGGGGACCAGAGCCAGAGACUGGACCUCGAAAGCUUCUACAGAUGGACAGUGGCUAUGCCUCUAUUGAAGCUCCUUGCCGUCCAUCAGAGGAGUCAGGCAGUCCGCACCGGGACAAGACUGCAUCCGAAAAACGUCUCUUUUUCACUCAUGCUGGACGGAAAGGGACAGUAUUUGAAAGCCUGGAGGGGCGUUUAUACGAACAAGGAGCAUCUGGAGGACAGGAAGAGUCAUUGUUUCCACACCAUCCUGAACCCCUCAGUCCCUGGGAGGCAAUGUCCAGAAGAGAUUACAGCAUUGAUGAAAAGACUGAUGCGCUGUUUAAUGAGUUCCUCCGGCAUGACCCACAGUAUGAUGAAUCUCCCCAACGCAUGAAACACCGCUCCCGUGCUCACUUGCGCAAGCAAUGGCAGAGAACAAAGCAGUACAGUGAUCCUGGUAUUCGUUUUCCCCCUGCAUUGGACAGACAUCGCGCAUCCCCUUUACGUAGAGGGGACAGCACUAGCUAUCUUCCCGACACACGCUACCACAGUACACUACCCCGAAUAGCAAGUACUACAGAUGAGGAAGGAGCAGAUAGCUGUCCUAUUAGUCCAACCUCACUCACACCUGAAGACAAAAUUCAGGCCAUUGAGGAGGAACCAUGUGAUCAUGGACCUGCUGUUGACGAACCCAGACCACCUACAGAUAACCCUGAGCAAGACUUUGGUUAUGGCCCUCAAACAACAGAGCUACUGGACAAGAUAGGUGCUGGCCUGGAAGAACGUUUGUAUCCAAUUGUGCAGAGGACAGCAUGCAGCCUGGAGAGGCUCUGCACAGUUGCACAUAUCUCUCCUGAUCAUAGUCCUGUGUAGCAGCAACAUACAAGUUUCCAUUUGGUAUAUAGAACAAUAAGGUGGGAUUCAAUGAUUAAGCAGAUGUGCCACCCACUGUUUCUGGAUAGUGCAUUGCCAAAUAAUACCCACACAGUCACUCAUGUGCCAUAAGAACACAAGCAUGACUGUAAAUACAUACCGCACAUGUACACAACAUUCUCACAACUACAAUGGGCAUACACACUGCAUUAUUCACAGAAACCUGUACAAUUCUCUUCCAAGCAAUAUGAAGCUCCUUCCUGAAGGCCCUCAGGGAAAUGGGGGCAAAGUUUGGAUCCGUUGGCUUUCAAUAUAAUUGCUACAGAUCUAUUACUCCCUAUCCAAAAACUGAACUUACAGGCACAAGGGGUGGAGCUGGUGGGUAUGGGGACUAUGAACAGUGUGUAUUUAUUUUUGUAAAGAUGCUUUGUUCCUGAGAGAUGGUGCAGUCUUGCCCUUGUAAUCCACUGUAGCACAUGACAGGGUGCAAGAUGUCUUUAUGCUCUCCCUAACACUGCUGUGCAAUUCCCCCUAUUAAAAUUAGACAGCACAUUCUAAUUGUCAAUGUACACCGUGUGUAUGUGAGAAAUGAGGGAGAGUGGGAAAAUAAAGAAAUAUAUUCAGAAAA